AAUUAUUUAAUUUUGGGGGUUAUAAAGUAUUGCAUCAAUACAAAAAGACAGAGAAUAACUUGGUCGAGGGUUCAAUCACUUUUACGAUUAUAAUUUGUGGGAUUUUUCACUCGAUCCUAGGUGGAAAGGUCCUCCUUUGCCAUCUCUGAGGAUGCCCAUAUACCUACAUAACCAAUAAGAAAUGAAAUUCAUAUAGAUUUACAAUUAUAGGUUGUUACAAUUGCAACAUACGCAUUUUAUUUUGCUUGUAUUUUGGGUCGACAAUAUGUGAACAGUCCCGAAAAAAUUCUUCAAGAAAAAGUCCCUUUUGACUGUUACUUUCCAGUCUUCACAGUUUUAGAAAUUUUAUUCUACAUGGGACUUUUGAAGGUAGCCGAACAACUUAUCAAUCCAUUUGGAGAUGAUGAUGAAGAUUUUGAACUGAAUUGGAUAAUUGAUCGUCAUAUGAAAGUUUCGUAUCUGGGAGUGGAUACAUUGAACAGUGAACCUCCUCCGUUGGUUAAAGAUUCUUAUUAUGAUGAAUUGGACGUGAAGUUGCCCUAUACAGAAGCUUCUUUAAGUUACAAGAAGAAAACUUAUCGGGGCUCUGUGGCUUACAUGCAAGUGCCGAUGGAACAACAAGGAUUAGUUUUACCAGAUAUACGCGAAGAGGAGGAGAAUCGUGAGCAACAAGGUAUGGGAAGCAGAAGACCAUCAAUUUGGACAAUUUUUGGCAGCAAAUUAAACAACAGCCAGCGACCCAGCAUAACUGGAAGUUAUGCCGAAGCCGAUAUCAUUGCAGAUUACGCUUGGAGACAUUCCACGUCCAGUUUCAACGCUUCUUCCGAAAAUGUCGCCCAAUCCAAUGGUGAUCGCAAGAAUUCUUCAGGUACCGGGGGGUAAGAUUCUGCCCCAUCCAUAUCAACCCAAUAUAGAACUAAAAAGAAAAAAAAAAGAAAGCAUCUUAGCACUUCGUUUUUUUUGUUACUGAAAUUUCUUCACCCGCGCCAUUACAGUGCUAAGAUACUAAAUAUUUAAAUGACAAAAAAUUCAUUUUUUAUUCGGUAGAGCCACGUAAAAAGUGGCUGAUUUUUGAUCUAAAUAGUUAUAUUUAAUAAAUUUUUUAAAAAAUCGAUGGGGCAUACAACUGUCAAAUAUCAUGUUUCUUACAUUGUAUUUGACAGUCUAAUUAUUUAUAAAUGAACAAAACA